CUCCUCUUAUUUGUUGAUAGUUAAUAUGUAACCUGAAACCUUUGUGUCCCACUUUCUGAGCAUCUGCCUGCAAAUCCACUGCAGUCUUCAGUCUUCCCGUAUCCAGAGUCACCAUGGCAUCAACCGUCUACAUGUUUUGCGUCGCAGCUCUUCUAUCCCUCUUCAUGGGAGGAGGUGUGUGGUGCGACUGUCCAAGUGAAAAUAUUGGAAUCACAGGAGGCAACUACACUCUGAGCAAGGGCCUGGUGAUUGACAGCCAGCUGGUGUACCACUGCCCCGAGGGUUACUACCCGUACCCUGAGAUGAUCCGCACAUGCCAGUGGGACAACACCUGGACACCUCCCUUCAAGAAAUCCAAACCUCAGACUUGCAGGCUGGUUGAAUGUCCAGACCCCACCGUUCUGGUCAAUGGGCUGGUUUUACCGUCUCAGGAGAAAUACUUUGUUGGCAACGUGACCACAUUCGAGUGCUACUCCGGGUUCCCUCUGCGAGGUUCACCCAAACGGACCUGCUUACCAAACGGGAAGUGGAGCGGGUCGACUACCAUCUGCAGCAAAACCACUGGACACAGAUGUCCCGACCCCGGUGUUCCACCUGGUGCCACAAGGUCGGGAAAUAGUUUGGACACACACAGCAAUGUGACGUACGCCUGCAAUGCAGGUCUGUUGCUGGUGGGCUCCAGCAAGAGGACGUGUCUGGAGAACGGCCAGUGGACGGGAAUAGAACCGGCUUGCUACUCUAAAUUUGCAUAUGACACCACACUGGAAGUUACAUUGGCCUUUGGUAAAUCCAUCAUCAAUACUCUCACCACUUUGGAGCCAGAUGAGACACAAGCUGGAAGGACAAUCCGCAUCUCUAAAGAUGGAAUACUGAACAUCUACAUUGGUAUGGACAUUUCAGCGAGCAUUUCACCGGAAGAGUUUGAACGAUCCAGAAAUGCCGUUUCAGCGCUGAUCACGAAGAUUUCUUCCUUCACCGUGAGCCCAAACUAUGAAAUCAUCUUCUUCUCCUCCAAAGUCUAUGAACCUGUCAACAUUCUGGAUUUCCUGGACAACAAAGUGCAGCUAAACACUGUGAAACAGACGAUAGAAAACUUCAAAAUAAAGGAAAAAAACUACGGGACAAACCUGAACCUCGCUUUCAAAACCUUCCUGGAGAAAAUGGGCUUCAUAAAACAACGAGUAGGAGAGGAACGUUUUAAGGAGCAUCGGCAUGUUCUGAUCCUUUUUACAGAUGGGGCCUAUAACAUGGGCGGAACUCCUGCACCGACCGUUCAAAGGAUCAAGGAGAUGGUCUACAUGAACCCCACUGGAGCAGCAGAUGUUCCAUCCAGGGAGGAAUAUUUGGAUAUUUACAUGUUUGCCGUCGGCACGAACAUCUUGGACCGCAACCUGAUCCCACUCACAGUGGGCGUUGGCAACAAGCACUACUACAAACUGAAGGAUGUAAAGAAUUUGCAGGCGAUGUUUGAUGAGAUCAUCGAUGAAUCAGAAGUCAAAGAUCUGUGUGGUCUCCACCGAAGCUAUGAAACACCAGACAUUGACAGCAAGAGGAAAAUGUACCCGUGGCUCGCCUUCGUUUACAUCCAGAGGGAAGGUUCGUCGAGGAAGUGUCUGGGCUCUCUGGUCACUCCGGAGUUUGUUCUGACCGCCGCUCACUGCUUUGUGUUUGGGGAUGGAGCUGAGCAUGUCACUGUUGAGAUUGAGGAUGGGGAUGAUAAGAUCAAAUCAGUGAAGCAGUUCUACAUACACCCCAACUACAAGGUGAAUGCGAAGGUGGCAGAGGGUGUGGCGGAGUUCUAUGACUACGACAUAGCUCUGAUCCAGCUGGAAGACUACGUACGGAUCUCUCCUGCCGUCAGAACCAUUUGUAUCCCCUGCACUCAGGAGACCAGUGACGCUCUGCAUCUGGUCGGGAAGUCGACCUGCAAGCAACAAGAGGAACGACUCUUACAGAAUAAGCACGAACGUCUCUCUUUCCUGACAAGGACGGAGAAUUUGGUGGAUCCGAAAGAUGUCCAUGCCAAGCUCUUGGAUGAAAGACCGGCCUGCAUCAGACAUGCGCUGCACGCAAAGGGGAUCACCACCAAAGACCCUGAGGUGGCUGUCACCGAUAACUUCCUGUGCACGGGCGGGUUUAACCCAAACAGGGAUCACAUCGCCUGCAAAGGUGACUCCGGAGGAGCGGUGUUUAGGAGCACAGAGCAUCGCACCAUACAGAUCGGAGUGGUCAGCUGGGGGACCACAGAGAUAUGUGAGGGCGGCGGUUUGGUUGACUCGCAAGAGAACUCCAGAGAUUUCCACAUUAAUCUGUUCAAAAUGGUGCCUUUCCUAAAGAAGAUCAUAGGAAACAGCACGCAGGAUGAUUACACACCGCUGACCUUCCUCGCGGAGUAACAGCACCUACAGAGAUAUUUUGGGUGUCGGGGUAUGAUCAUUUACAGGUUAAAAAUAGAUCACAUUUGGUGUUAACAUUUCAACUAACAUGCUGUCUGUUAAUUGAAAUUAUAUCUGGUGAAUAUUUUUUCCACUUUGUGUUGUUGACAUCCGCCUGAAGCCGAGAGCAAUGUUUUUAGCGAUGAUCGUUGCUCUGCUCUUGGCAGGAAAAUGAUGAAUUUGUCGUCGUGCUUCAUUUCUUUUCCACUGGAGUUGAUGCAGUCUAAUGGAAUAGGAAGUCUUUGGUUCUGCUUUCAUCGCAUUGCUUGUUAAAAAUCCACAUAUUGAUUUUAAAAAGAGCCACAGAAGAGGAUGACUUUGUCAACGAGUGCACCUUUUCAUCAUAUUAAAGAAAAAAAAUGACUGGAUGUGAAACCUA